GGAAACAGCGCUCGGUACAAGAGUACCUGAUGGGGAAUCGCCGAUUCACUUGUCUUCCGGUGGCACUGUCGCUGCUUGUAACAUUUCAGUCAGGCAUCAGUUUAUUAGGACUUCCGGUGGAGAUUUACUACUAUGGAACCCAGAUCUACAUGGGGAUCGUGGGUCUGGUUGUCGGCUAUACCAUCGUCGCCAUUUUCAUUUAUCUGGAAAUGAGGUUUCAGUCUAGAGCAGUAAGACUGGUAGGCUGUCUUCUCGGACUUCUGUUUACGAUGACAUACAUGGCUGUUUGCCUCUUCCUUCCGGGCUUGGCAAUGGAGUCAGUGACUGGAUUCCCCAAAUGGGCUUCCGUAUCAGUUGUUGCUGUCGUUGUUAUAAUUUACACUAUGUUGGGAGGAAUAAAAGCCGUUGUGUGGACGGAUGUGUUUCAGUUUGUCGUUAUGUUGGCCGGUAUUUCGGUACUCCUAAUAAAGGCAGACAUUUUGGGCAGUUACCAUAGGAACAAUUACCUCAUGGAUAGGAAACGCUUUGAGCCAGUCCGGAAUUCAAAGGAUUUGCGCAACCGAAUCUAUAGGAGAAGCAAGAAAAUGUUGAUACAAAUUGCUUCAUUUUCACAUGCAUUACUUUUAAUUAAUGACUCUUUCAGAUCGGUACUUUUUAACUUACCAGCGGCUGUUUUAUAUGAGACUCUGAUUACUUUUUUGGGUGUGACUAUGUUUGCUUACUUCUCGAUUGCCAAAUGCGAUUUACAAGGCGCCGGAUUGGUCCAUAGUUCGAAUGAGAUUGUGCCGUAUUUCAUGAUGGAGCAGCUGUCCGAUAUUCCCGGAUUGGCGGGACUAUUUCUUGCGAGUUUGUUCAGUGCUACAUUAAGCACAAUGUCGUCAGGACUUAGCGCAAUAUCUGCCCUGGUUUGGGAGGACAUUAUUCAGCCUUACUUCCAAUGCUUCACGCUGCGACAAGGUUCUAUUGUCACCAAGGCUACAGUUUCUGUUUUUGGUGGUAUAAUUGUCGGAAUGUCAUUUCUUGCCAUGAAUUUACCUGGCACAAUAACGCAGAUUACAUUAGGGACCUUAUCUGCCACAUCAGGACCUCUUGUGGGAGUUUAUCUUUUGGGAAUGAUUUUUCCAUGGGCCACAGCCAAAUCUGCUGUCGUCUCUGGGGUUCUUGCGUUUUCUCUAUGUCUUUCUAUGACGAUUGGAUCGAACCUAUACCCCACUAAAUACCCUCAACUCGACCCUAUCCCUACGUAUGGCUGUAGUGGUUUCAACUCCACACUAAAACCCCUAUAUAAUGUCUCAAUCCAUUCCGUCAAUACCACAAUUAGUGAGCAAUAUAAUGGAAGACUGAUUGACAACAUUCAACCUUUUCAUGCAGUAAACUAUACGCUGGUUCCACCCACUGGACAAAGUGAAGAUAACAAUGCGCCUUGGUUAUUCCGGGUCUCGUUUCUAUGGUACCACGUGACUGGUGUCGUCACCACUCUCAUUAGUGGAACCAUUCUUUCUAUCGUUUCAGGAGGAUUUUCUGACAUACCAUGUGAAGAGAGGUUUGUCUUCCUAUUCGUCAGAAGACUAAAUUGCUACCGGAAGCGAUUGAAAAUCAAGCAGCCAUUGGCCCAUUAUACAGAAUUCAGGGCUUCCUUCCGGUCAAAAUACGACGACGAAAAUCGUGCAUCUUUCCGUUCCAUAGAAAAACACAGUGAAACUCGCUUGCAGAGCAGAUAAGCACUACUUUAAUGAUUCGGGAAGAUAAAAAAAAAAUACUCACCGUUGGUGGAAUGCACUGUAUCUUUUAUCAGAAGGACUGUCGGAUAGAAGUAGA